AUAAUGGUGCGCAUGAAUGUCCUGGCUGAUGCACUCAAGAGCGUCAACAAUGCUGAAAAGAGAGGCAAAUGCCAGUUUCUUAUUAGGCCAUGCUCCAAAGUCAUCGUCCGGUUUCUGACUGUGAUGAUGAAGCAUGUUUACAUUGGCGAAUUUGAAAUCAUUGAUGAUCACAAAGCUGGGAAAAUUGUUGUGAACUUCAUAGGCAGAUUAAACAAGUGUGGAGUGAUCAGCCCCAGAUUUGGUGUGCAAUUCAAAGAUCUAGAAAAAUGGCAGAACAACCUGCUCCCAUCCUGUCAGUUUGGUUUCUUUGUACUGACAACUUCAGUGGGCAUCAUGGACCAUGAAAAAGCAAGACGAAAACACACAGGAGGGAAAAUCCUGGGAUUAUUUUUCUAGGGAUGUAAUACAUACGUUCAAAUAAAAUGCCUCA